AGCAAUGCAGCCUUUCUUCCUUCACAACCUUUUUUCUUUCCUUCUUCUUCUGUUUUUGCUUCUGUUGCAUUUUCGUUGCAACGGAAGCUCGAUAGUCCCAGCAGUUAUCGUGUUUGGAGACUCCGUAGUGGAUACAGGAAACAACAAUAACUUGCAAACAAUUUUUAAGGUGAAUUAUCCUCCUUAUGGCCAAGACUUUUCCGGAGGACAACCCACUGGCAGGUUUUCAAAUGGCAAAGUUCCAUCUGACUUUUUUGUGGAAGAACUCGGUGUCAAAGAGGUGUUACCACCUUAUCUUGGCCCAAACCUUCACAUUGAAGAUCUAUUGACUGGAGUAAACUUUGCAUCAGGAGGCGGUGGAUAUGAUCCCCUUACAUCUGAACUUGCGUCAGUGAUAUCGCUUGAGGGACAAAUAGAGUUAUUCAAAGAGUAUAUAGAGAAGGUGAAGACAAUGGCAGGGGAAGAUGCAGCAAACACAAUUUUAAGUAAAGCCCUGUUCAUAUUAGCAACAGGCAGCAAUGAUGUCACCAAUACCUACUUCAAGAACCCUUUGAGGAAAUAUCACUAUGACUUUGACUCAUACACUGGUCUUUUAGUCGAUUCUGCUUCCUCCUUCUUGCAGAAUUUAUACAAUUUAGGUGCUCGAAGAAUCGGUAUUUUUGGUGUACCACCAAUAGGAUGUUUACCAUCACAGAGAACUUUGGAAGGAGGAACACUAAGAGAAUGUGCACAGAAGUAUAAUGAGUUAGCAGUGUUAUUCAACAACAAACUAUCAAUGGAAAUCAAUUACUUAAACCUCAAUCUCCCUUUUGCAAGGAUGGUUUACAUUGAUGCUUAUUAUCUUCCACUUGACAUCAUUCAGAAUCCUACAAAAUAUGGGUUUGAUAUUUCAAACAUAGGCUGUUGCGGCACAGGUACUAUAGAGGUAGCAUUUUUAUGCAAGUUCACAUGUACAAAUGUGUCGGAAUACGUUUUUUGGGAUAGCUUUCAUUUUACACAGAAUGCAUACAAAAUCCUUGUUGAUGAUUUUCUCAACAAAAACAUGAACUUACUAACGUGACGAUGGCUCGUCGUAACGUUCAUCUUUUGGCUUUCGUCCUCUAUGUGUGACAUCUUUUGGUCUUCGGGCCGAUUACCAUUGUUGGGAUUCUUAAUGGAUCCAUAUAUACUAAAGAUUCAUCAGUUUAUGAUC